AUCACAACUCAUGCCUCAUCUUGUGUUUUUCUCACAUUAAGCUGAGACUGACCUAGCAGGAGUAAUUUUCCCCACAACUAUGCAAUUCCUCCUCCUAAACCCCUCUUCUUUCUUUACUUCAUCAACAACACUAUUAUUAUUCUCUUCCUUUCUUUUUCCUCUAUUGUGCAUCACCCAAGCACUCAUACCACUUCCACCCGAUGAAUCAAUUCCUGCAGUUAUCAUGUUUGGAGAUUCCAUAGUUGAUACAGGCAACAAUAACAACAUUAAAACCAUAGCCAAAGUCAAUUUUCCUCCAUAUGGGAGGGACUUCUUGGGAGGAAAACCAACUGGAAGAUUUAGUAACGGAAAGGUUCCCCCAGACUUUUUUGUGGAAGAAUUGGGAAUCAAAGAGCUUUUGCCUGCUUAUCUUGAUCCGAAUCUGGAAACUGAAGAUCUUGCUACAGGGGUCAAUUUUGCUUCUGGUGGUGCAGGAUAUGAUCCUCUAACUUCUGAGCUUGCCUCAGUGAUAUCAUUGUCAGAUCAGUUAGAGAUGUUCAAAGAAUACAUAGUGAAGCUAGAAAGGGUUGUGGGCAAAGACAGAAGCAGCUAUAUCAUAGCCAACAGUCUGCAUUUAGUGGUAGCAGGCAGCAAUGAUAUUACCAACACCUACUAUCUCACCCCUUUCCGGAAUUCACAGUAUGAUUUUCCUUCAUAUGCUGAUCUUAUGGUCGGCUACGCUUCCGAUUUCAUGCAGGAGUUGUACAGAUUGGGUGCACGAAGAAUUGGUGUUCUGGGUGUGCCUCCAAUUGGGUGUUUGCCAUCGCAGAGGACUCUGUUAGGAGGAGUAAAAAGAGAGUGCGUAGCGAAAUACAAUGAAGCAGCAGAUGUGUUCAACACCAAACUGUCAGAUGAGCUCAGCUCUCUUAACACCCAACUUCCCGAUUCAAGGAUGAUCUAUAUUGACAUAGACAACCUCCUACUUGAUCUCAUUCAAAACCCAACAACUUUCGGUUUUGAGAUUGCCGAUAUAGGGUGCUGUGGGACGGGUACUAUAGAAGUGGCGUUUCUUUGCUCCAUGCCAUGUACCGAUGUGUCUAAAUAUGUAUUUUGGGAUAGCUUUCACCCUACCGAGAAGGCAUAUGGAGUAAUUGUCCGUCAAGUCCUCAACAAAUACAUCAACAACUUCUUUGAGCUGUGACCAUUAUAUUCACCUUGCUCGUUCAUUACUUUCUCAACACUUUAUAGUAUACUUGGAUAAUAAUAAUAAUAAUAAUAAUAUUUUUAAAUUAGGGCACAACAAUUAUUUGUAAGGUUGAUUGUCUCUAUCUGCCAAUUAAUAUGGCUUCUAUGCAUAACUUACUUAGGGUAUAUACGAGAAUAUUCUAUAUACACAUGGUAGUAGACUAAUAGUGGAACUCUUUGAUUUUCAUUUACAAUCUAUUUGUUGUGAUAAUUUUCAUUUACAAUCUAUUUGUUGUGAUACAAAUUUGAGAGUGUAUAUAUAAUGCAUGAAGACGUACACAACAACUUGCACUAUUUAGCUUCCUUUACAAGCUCAUUUUGUUGCUAUAUGUAUGGGCUCAUUCUUGUAUUUUAGAAGACAGAUAUACAUUAGAGAAAUGAAUAAAGUUCUCUUUCUAUA